AUGGCAGAUACUCAAUGUGCCCGGCAAUCCCUUCACACGAUAGACCUCGAACGGGUGCCAGAAUCCACGCUUCUCGGGCGUGCUCUCAGCUUAGGUUCCGUGGUGACCACAGUCUCUUCCUUUGCGUUGCGCUCACAUCCUGCCCACGAGAACCCCAAAACACAGACAUUCAACCAAAUUGGAGAAGGUCUCCAAGGUGUCAUCUUUGAACAGAUCGGUCAGUCCCCAGUGCUAAAGAAAGAGCGACCUGGAAACGAAUCCUUGCCAUCCAACAUACGACAUGAGUACAAGAUUCACCAAGAUGUGUCUGCUGCAUUCAGACUAUACGGCUCUUUGAAUCGCAGUGAUGUCCACGUUCCGUAUCCCUUGGAAUUCAUCCCGAAAACAGCGAGUUGUGAGUUCUGGGACGAUGCUCUUCCUCGGAUCCCAGCACGCUACCGUACCCCCGGUGACGCUUUCAAGAUGGAGCGAAUCCUCCCUCUUCCCAAAGUUACUCGCGAAGCAUUGGUCACACAUUUCUACAGCGGCCAACAUCGGCACAGCGCCAGCGAUAUUGAGAAUAUCCUUCGCAAUCCUGAGAACAAACACUGUCUAGCGCGAGUCUAUCUAGGCAAGGAAAUCGGAGAGAUACCCCAAACAGAAUCCGCACUUCGAAACUUCCCCCUCUUCUUGAACCCCAUGCUAGACCUUGGCAUGGAUGUAACACGGCUUGCACAUGCUAUGGGUAAAGCAUACGCGAUUAUGCACUGGGGCGCCGCUGUCAAUGGAGAUGAUGUGGAGUUUGUGCUUGGAACGUCAACUUUCCCGAUGAAUGACCCAGAUGAAGCCCUUGCAGGACUUCAGAAUCGUGUGGUUGGCCUUUAUCUACUUGAUUUUGGGCAGUGCGAAAUGGUCGAUCUGACCGAAGAACCAGAGGUGGUCUACCAAGCCUUCAAAGGUGCAAUGGUCACCGGCGACAACCAGCUGUUUAUACCACAUCAUCACGUCACACCGGCGAUAUUUGCAAUGUUCAAGAAGGGAUAUAUGGAAGCGGGAAAAACCAUACUGACGGAGAAAGGAUUGGAAGAGAAGUUCAGCCUGGAUGACUUUAUGCGACAAUACGAGGAGUAUGUCGAGGAUUUCUUAUGA